UACUCGGACUACCAUACGUCCAUCCUCCGACUAUUCUUCCAGCAUUGAUCGGCGACACCGCAGGAGCAUCCUUCCCUGCGUCCUCCCUCCCUUCCCAAAUGGCUCACGGCUGCCCUUUCGCCGCCGCAAACAACGCCGCGUCGGGCGCCGCGUCCCGCGGCGGGUCCUGCGGGGGCGCAGCCCGCUGCCCCUUGGCGUUGCUGGUCGCCGCCGCGAUUUGCGCCGCGUUCACCGGGCUGCAGGAGGUGGUGCCGGCGGCGUGGCUGCAGCACCUGCUGGUGCUCCGCUUCUUCUCCAGGGCGCGCGUGGGCGACCGGCCGUGGUCGCACGUCGUCGCCCUCACCGUCGCCGCCGUCGCAACGCAGGCAUGCGGCAUGACAGUGGCGUAUGCGGGCAUGUACGCCAUCGGCCCCAAUGCGCACACCCUCUCCUCCUGGCUGCUGGUGGCAGUGAACGUGCUGCCCAUGACAGCAGUGCUGCUGCUGCCAUGCCUCGCUGACUCGCUCUUCCGAUACACCUACAGGCUGUCAGCGCACCUGCACCCGCUCGUCUUCCCCCUGGUCUCCGCCUCUAUCUGGACCCUCCUCUCCCUGCUCUCCCCCUUUGGCGCCACUGCCCACCCCCUCUACUCGCUGCGCUCUCUCCUCCCCCUCGUGCAAGCCACAGCGUGGGUGGGCAUGGAUGGGGUGCUUCUCGUGGCGGCUUGGCUGGUGGGGGGUGUUCACCAGGUGAUGUGGAGGAGCAGGGAUUGUGGCAGCAGUGGAUGGGGCCAUGUGCGUGCGAGUGCGGCACUGCUGGUGGGGCUCAUGGCAGCAGGGUCGGCGAGAGAGACUGUGCUGUCAUCCAGGUUCUUCCAGCAGCCACUCUCAGCCGCCAUGGCUCCCUCAGUCCCCGUCUCCUGCCUCCUCUCGCAAGCUCCCACCACCGGCAUCCCCCCGCAGCCUCCCGCCUCUCUCUCUCCCUUUGCUGCUGGUGCCUCCAUGCCCCUGCCCUCCCUCUCUCUGCCGACCGCCUCUGCUGAGGCAGCAGGGGCAAGACAGCUGCUGCAGGGGGGAGAGGGGGAAGACGGGGGGGAUGUGGGGAAGGGGGGAGAGGGGCAACAGGGGGGAAAAGGAGUUGCACAAGGGGGAGCAUCCGCAGUAGCAGGAUCUGCAGGAGUAGCAGCAAGAGCAGAAGGGGCCGAAGUAGCAGAAGCAGCAGAAACAGCAUCAGCAGGAGAAGCAGCAGCAAGGGAGACGUGGGAGGAGUGGGAGGCGUGGCGGCUGGCAGGCAUCGCGUCAAUGCUGCAGCAGACGCAGCAGCGAGCAACUGCAGGCGACACUCUCGUUCUCUGGUCCGAGGCGUCCGUCAUUCUGUGGCAUGACCACGAGGAGCAGAAGCUUUUAGCCGACCUGGCUGCUAUAGCCACGGCUGCUAGCGCCAACCGCACCGCCAGCGCUGCUCCUAGUGCUGGUGCUGCAGGCCCGUCGUCUCUUGGGCCAUAUCUCGGGGCUUCUUACAUGAAGCGCAUCUCCCCCGGGCGCUUCACCAACUCCUUCGCCCUCAUCGCUCCAGCCGGUGGCGCCCCCAUCCUGCGCUACAACAAGUCGCACCCAGUGCCCUCCGUCGAAGACAACGUGCUGCCGGGCCGUGGCACUCUGCCUGUGGUCGACACGCCUCUCGGGAGGAUCUCAGUGGCCAUCUGCUUUGAUCUCCAGUUCCCUGCGCUGAUUAGCCAGGCAGGGAGUCAGGGAGUGGACAUUCUUCUGCAGCCCAGCUGGACGUGGGGCGCCAUAGGCCACAUGACGUUUGAGACGGACGCAGUGAGGGCGGCAGAAAACGGCCUCACGCUCCUGCGCUGCUCCUCCAUCGGAGUCUCGGGGGUCGUCACGCCGUACUACCGCACCCUUGCUGCUCGGGAAGGCCUGGCCACUGGACUCCUCACAAUGCACCUACCCCUCCUGCCCCGUGCCCCAGCGCUCUACCCCUACAUCAGCCUCCCCAUGUCUCUCCUCCUCCUCUCCCUCACCCUCCUUGCAGCAUUCCUUGCCAUUGCCCCACCCUCCCUCUCACUCCCCCUCUGCCGCUGCCUCCCUGCCGCCCUCUGCUCCCUGCUGCCCCACCCUCUCUGCUUGGCGGGGCAGCAGAGGGAGUGUGAGAGAGAGAAGAGGCAGGGAUAGGACAGAUGGGGGCUGGGUGGUGGUAUCAGAACUCAGUCACUAACUACGGAGUUUAAAGGGCUUGUUAAGUAGCGGGUAAGUGCGCCCAUAACCCCCCAGGCUCUGCACUUGUAACCCUUCCCCGAGGACCAAGGGCAACCCUAGCGUGUUUCACGAUACCCCCCCUCGCUGGGGUAGGCGGAAGACACAAGCACCUCUGCGGCGCUGCCACCUCUCCAGUGCACACUGGGAAUUGAACCGGGGUGGUCACCGAGCUCCAAUACCAUACGAGAAUUCAGUCACUAACCAUUGAGCUGAAGGGCUUGUUAAGUAGCGGGUAAGUGCGGUCAUAAGCCCCUAGGCUCUGCACCUGUAACCCUUCCCCGAGGAUCAAGGACAACCCCAGCGUGUAUCAUGACAGCUGGGUGUGGGGGGAUGGGGUUUCAGGGUUCUAGCAUGAGAUGUGAUGGGGUGAGAAUGGGCAAUGGGCAUGCACCGAAUUGUGUGGUUGUAUGCAAGGAUUUGUGCUACGUGGGCUUGUACGAUACAGUAUUUACUGGUA